AAAUUAUUUUUAAGGUCUUCAACUCUUGUGCUGUCUCUGCAUGCCCAUUUGCACUUGACUCCACUCAAAGAGACACAUUUCUGACACACUUUGCUUUGGAUCUUCUUCGAAGAUGCAUUCUUUUACUUGGCCAGCAAGAUCAAGACUUUCCCGUACAUAUCCUCCCCAUCACAGCCCGUGGAGUGCUGCAUACAAAGAGAAAGAACUGCACUCCACUCAGAAUAUCGUAGCUCUAUAACGCCAUGAAAAUCCCAGCUGUGAAACUUCUGCUUCAUGGAAUCGUGAAAAUGGGAGACGUUUUGCAUAAUCAGAAGGAAUAAGAGGAAGCUUCUAGUUGCCAAAGUCAACGUCAUACUUCACAUCGUUCCCAGCAGCCAAACCAUGAGGACUUCAAGUUUUUUUGCCAGCAGGAUUUGGGUUCCUGUUCUCUGUCUUUUAUUGCCAAUAAAGGAUACAGUGGACUCAGUUGAUCUGCUGGCUCCAGAAAAAGUAACAGCAACACACAAUGGAUCGGUGAAAGUCGCAUGUCAGUACGACCUUCAAUUCAAGACAAACACUAAGUACUGGUGCAAAGGACCAAUCUAUGAUCUGUGUGGAAUACUGGUGAAAACACCCAAAAACAGACCCAGUGACAGAUUCUUCAUCGCUGAUGACAUGGAAGCAGGAGUCUUCACCAUUACUAUGACUUUAAUCAGGGAAAGUGAUGAAGAUGUGUACUGGUGUGUAAUAUCCAGAUCCGGAAGAAACGUCUACAAACAUGUGAAGCUUGUCGUCACUCAAGCAGCCACAACCCCAGCCACCACAAUAAGUAGCUUUUUGGCGCAACAGGAAAGAAGUCUGUGGACAGCGCUACGGUGGAUCUUCUUUCUAGUGAUGUUGGGUUGUUUGGCAAUGACACACGUGGUUGUCUGGAGGAUGAAGGCUCCAAGGAAUAUAUAGUCUGUCAAUAGCAAUAGUUUCGUCAACACAGCUAAUUUGUAAUGAGUUGGGCCGUGGGUAAAUCAUGAACACAGUCACAACCACAGAAGCACAGAGAAACCGAUCUUCUGUGAUAUCAAGAACCAGGCAUGGAGUGGGCUUCCAUUCAGUGUGUGAACUGAGCCGAUCUCAAUCCUGUGGGAAAGGAGCUAUCAAGACAUAAAAUUAUUUAUAAUGAGGUAUUUACAAUAAUAAACUACUUCAACUUCAGGGCAAAGAAAAGGGUUUGCUUUAGGUUUUCUAAAGGUUCUAAAGAAAAGUCAAAAAUAGACUGCAAAUAUAUUUAUACAAAAUAAACAUUGCUCUGAGAUGGGGACAUUUGGUCCCCCUUGACUUUUUUUCACUCGACAGAUUAAAAAAAACGACUAAUAUUACAGCCUCCAAUCAGAUGAAAUAGGAGGUUUUUGCCUAAGAUGAAUUAUGAUUCAUGCUGUCGUCCGAUCACAAAAGUACCUUCAAAUUUUUAAGAAAAACUGAGUCAUAUCCUGUGAAACAGGUUAUCAGGAUUAUUCCUGUGAGAUAUUUCAUAUUACAUUUGCUGUAGCUCCUGGAAGUUAAACAUCUGUGCUUAUCUGGUUUUGCAACCAAAGCAUUUAUCAUCAGUUUGGGGUUUUUUUUUGUUUGUUUUUUUUUGCUCAAUUGCAGUUACUUGUACAAUCUAAUACCCUAAUCUAGCCCUCAUUCUAGGUUUUAGAAGCAUUUGUUUUGUUUAUAUCCAACACAGACAUAGGGAAAUAUUUAGUUUAUGGGACUGCCGUAUUGAAAUGGAUUAAGGGUCACUUUUGUGUAAAAGGUAUGCAGCCAAUUGCGUAUCAUACUAACAAUGUUUCCAAAUGUGGAAAAGAUGCAUCUGGGGCAUUUGCCAAGGUGCACAUUUGUAGAGAUAGCAUACUUAACAUGGCAAAAGCUACAGAUAUGGCUUGCAGUGGAACAGCAAGCCGGCAUGUGAAAUACUGUGGGCACAAAAUAAAAGCUAUUCAAUUCAC